AUGCCGACGACAAUGACGCUGCCAGGCUACCCUGCCGCCCCUGCCAUCACCGUCGCCCGCGCCCGCCGUCGCCCGCGCUCGUCGUCGCCACCAUCCCCGCGCCGCCCCUGUCCCGACGCCAUCACGCUUCCUCGUCGUUGCCGUUCCCGCACCCGUCGUCACCGCCGUCUGCCCCAGCCGCCGUCCUCGCGCCGCCCCUGCCCCGACGCCGUCGCCCUGCCUCAAAAAAAGAAACACAUCCUAGCGAUAAAGUACCCACAUCGCCGCCGCCUACCUUUAUCCUAUCGUGCGAGGCCGGAUCCGGUUCCUCCGGUUUCCCUCCUCCCUGCCCACUCAGGCCGACUCAACCGUGCUCGGCGAUCCCGACGUCGAGGGUUUCCUCAUCAGUCCGGCGCCACCCUUCCCUCCCACCCCGAACGGCAACCCCGCGGAAUCGGAGGAGCGACACGAUGUCGACCGCGGCGAUGGUGCAGGUCGGCGACGUGCCGGACCCGACGGUGCGGAACCACCUGGAGCAGGACACCCUCGAGUGGAUCUUCGUCGGUGGCAUGGGCGGCUCCAUCUGCGUCUGCUAGUCCGUGUUCGUCAUCUCCAGCGACCCUGUUCUUCAUCCUCAGGGACGCCUUCCAGCAGUGCUUCACCAAGUUCUUCACGCUCGUCAAGGGCUUCUGCAACCUUUACGCCAAGGAGAAGGGUCUAGAGAAAAUGACAGACUUAAAGAAUAGAUUCAGUCAUCUGUUGAAUCAGAUUGCCAAGAAAAACAGAUGAUGCAUGGUACAUGCUGAUUGCGAGGUCGAGAAUUGGGCUUCUACUUGAUAGUUUAGCAUUAUGUUUUAGAACAUCACUUUCAUGGUCACAUUAUGUUCUACAAUGGCUGAGACAUUGAGUGCAUGAUCAAUAAUUGGGCUGCUACUAGAUAGUUUAACAAGUUGUAAUCUUUGGAUUGUGUUCUUUGUAAUGCCAAAUGCAACAGAGUUAAUUUUA